CAUGGAGUUCAUAAACGACUCGUUGGUCGGGGGAUCAGACCUGGACCUGAGAGCCCUCCACUUCUACAACGACUCUCUGCUAUUCCAGAACAACUUCAGCGGUGGGUUCAACGAGACCGACGCCUUCCUGCCUGCCGGUGUCAAGAUCACCAUCGUUGUAGUCUACAUGAUGGUCUGCGUGGUGGGGCUGAUGGGUAACUGUCUGGUUAUGUACGUCAUCAUCAGGUACACUAAGAUGAAGACAGCCACCAACAUCUACAUAUUUAACCUGGCUCUGGCUGACUCCCUGGUCCUCGCUACCUUACCCUUCCAGGGAACCGACCUGUUCCUGGGCUUCUGGCCGUUCGGCAACGCCCUCUGCAAGGCCGUGGUCUCCAUCGACUACUACAACAUGUUCACCAGCACCUUUACUCUGACCGUGAUGAGCAUGGAUCGCUACGUGGCCGUGUGCCAUCCGGUCAAGGCCCUGGACAUGAGGACGCCCCACAAGGCCAAGGUGGUCAACAUCUGUGUGUGGGUCCUGGCGUCGGCGAUAGGGGUACCGGCCAUGGUGUUGGGAGAUGUGGAGGUCGAACAUAACAGUGUAGAGUGUAUCGUAGUCCUCCCAGACCCUCGUAGCUACUGGGACCCGGUGUUCGGCACCUGCGUCUUCCUCUUUUCCUUCCUCAUCCCAGUGGCCAUCAUCAGCAUCUGCUACAGCCUGAUGGUGAAGCGCCUUCGCAGCGUCCGCAUCCUGUCCGGCUCCAAGGAGAAGGACCGCAACCUGCACCGCAUCACUCGCAUGGUCCUGGUCGUCGUGGCAGCCUUCGUGGUCUGUUGGACCCCAGUCCAGAUCAUGGCUCUGGCCCAGUCAUUGGGCUUCAACCUGAGUAGCCUCCUCACCAUGGCCCUAAUGCACUUCUGUAUCGCGCUGGGCUACGUCAACAGCAGUCUCAACCCAGUCCUCUACGCCUUCCUGGACGAGAACUUCAAGAGGUGCUUCAGGGAGUUCUGCCACCCGGGUCCGUUCCGCCUGGACAGCCGGCAGCAGUCGGGUCGGAUGAGGAGCAUCGCCCGCGAGGUGGCUUACAAUUGCAAGACGGCGGAUGGGAAUACAAAUCCUGCAUGACUAGGCGUGGAGCUGCCCAUGGUCUGCCAGGAACCCCAGAACAACCACCACCAAAGGACAGGGAACUCCAACAUGGAGCUCACCCAGAUCACUACCCUCUAGCAGGAUGACGGCCCCCUGGGCUGGGGCCAAACGGGGAAAGGCCAAGGAAGAGGACCGGAGGUGGCCCGAGGCAGGGGCACUGUCCGAAUGGCCUGGUUGGGGCCAGAUCUGGGCCGGAGCUGUUUGGAGGCCUAACAGUAGGGUUAGGUAGUCUAACGGACCUUCUACUCGGGACUAAGGGGCUUCUCUGUGUCUUUAGGGAACAUGGAUGUUAUUAACAUGUAUGUCAUGUUGUCUUUAUUUAAUUGGUUAAAUCAUUUUCAAGACGAUUAAGUUCAGAGUUUAGGUCUAUGUGCUUCAUGGACAAUUUACGCGAAUGUCAACAGUUUUUUGCUCACACUUAUCUCAAACUCUGAGUCUGUUGAUUGGUUGAUUAAUUAUGUUGUCGUGGUCAUUUUUUAAAUGUUUGUUUUAUAGAUGCUUUUUUGUUUGUUUCUACGCUGUAGGUAAUUACAUUAAAUGGAUGUUAUUAGUUUAUUUCUGUUUUAUUUUGUUCGAGAGAAACAAUUUGUCUGAUUCCAUGGCCUUAAAUACCAAACAAAGUAUGUAUAAAUACUAUCCACUAUCCUGGGAUAAAGAGGGUCAGUUCUUGAUGGUGCUGUACUGUAACGUUCCUUGUUUGUUUUGUAUCACCUUGCAGGUGUUGUGUAGGAACGGACAACACAUCACAACAGAGACUUUUUUCAUUGUUACGAUGAAAUAAUCGCAGAUGAUGAUGCUGCCUGAUGCUCCGUGUUUUUCUGCUUGUCGUCCUGUAAAAAAUGAAGCAAAUAUAUUUUGUACUAUUAUUUGUUUGAAUCCAGGCUAUAUCACAUCUGGCCGUGAUUGGGAGUCCCACAGAACGGUGCACAAUUGGCCCAGCGUCGUUUGGAUGGUGUAGGCCGUCAUUGUAAAUAAGAAUUUGUUCAUAACUGACUUGCCGAGUUAAAUAAAAAAAUAAUUAAAAAUUACUCUAGAUACGUAACACGGUGUUACCCUGGAUACGUAACGCGGUGUUACCCUGGAUACGUAACACGGUGUUACCCUGGAUACUUAACACGGUGUUACCCUGGAUACGUAACACGGUGUUACCCUGGAUACGUAACGCAGUGUUACCCUGGAUACGUAACACGGUGCUACCCUGGAUACGUAACGCGGUGUUACCCUGGAUACGUAACACGGUGUUACCCUGGAUACGUAACACGGUGCUACCCUGGAUACGUAACGCAGUGUUACCCUGGAUACGUAACACGGUGUUACCCUGGAUACGUAACACGGUGUUACCCUGGAUACGUAACACGGUGUUACCCUGGAUACGUAACACGGUGUUACCCAGGAUACGUAACACGGUGCUACCCUGGAUACGUAACGCGGUGUUACCCUGGAUACGUAACACGGUGCUACCCUGGAUACGUGACACGGUGUUACCCUGGAUACGUAACACGGUGUUACCCUGGAUACGUAACACGGUGUUACCCUGGAUACGUAACACGGUGUUACCCAGGAUACGUAACACGGUGCUACCCUGGAUACGUAACGCGGUGUUACCCUGGAUACGUAACACGGUGCUACCCUGGAUACGUAACGCGGUGUUACCCUGGAUACAUAACACGGUGUUACCCUGGAUACGUAACACGGUGCUACCCUGGAUACGUAACGCGGUGUUACCCUGGAUACAUAACACGGUGUUACCCUGGAUACGUAACACGGUUUUCUUCUAUAUGCCUUCAGAAAGUAUUCACACCCCUUUGCCUUUUCCACACGUUGUUGUUGUGUUACAGCCUGAAUUUAAAAUUAAAUUGAGAUUGUUUUGUCACAAGA